UUCAAAUAACCAAAAACAAAAUGCCGGCACUGCUUUCAAGUUCAUGUGGUUUUUAAAAACACGUGUUUAGAAGUUAUUACAAAUUAAUUUACCAUUAUUAUAAAUUACUUAAAUAUAGUAGUAUCGUGUUUUAUGUUAGCUUUCAGAAUUGUAAUACGUAUUACGUAUUGUAUUAUAAUACAAUAAAUAAAUUGCGCAUAAUUUGUACCAGCAUUCAGCACGCGUGUAAUUUAAAUAAUUCAAUAAUGACUGAAGAAAAGGAAGUGCUUACUGAAAGUAAAGAACAAGAAAACAAUGAGAAAGAAAACGAUACCGAGGAACUGACUGACGUAGAAAGUGGAAUUAUACGCCAAGUGGAGUAUUAUUUUGGUGACCUCAACUUGCCAAGGGACAAAUUCCUGCGCGAACAGGUGAAGUUAGACGAUGGAUGGAUCCCCCUGGAUAUACUCAUCAAGUUCAACCGCCUUGCCAAACUGUCCACUGAUAUAGAAGUUAUUGCCAAUGCAAUUAAUAAAUCUACGACUGGGCUGCUUGAGAUCUCAGAUGACAACAAGAAAGUGAGAAGAAACCCUGAAAUGGCGAUACCAGAAAUGAACGAGGAAAGACGCAAAGAACUCACAUCUCGUACCAUAUAUGCCAAAGGUUUCCCUAAACACCAUAGCCUUGAUGAAAUACUGAAGUUCUUCAAACAAUUUGAGGAAGUGGAGAAUAUUAUCAUGAGGAGAUACCUAGACAGACAAACCAAGAAGAAACUCUUUAAGGGCUCAGUUUUUGCCACUUUUAAGACAAAAGAACAGGCAGAAAAGUUUUUGAACACAAAAGAUUUGAAAUAUGAGGAACAGGAUCUACUGGUGCUGUGGCAAGAUGCAUAUGUGGUGCAAAAGCAAGAGGAAUAUGCCGCUAGGAAAGACAACAAGGAUAAGAAAAAAAAAAACCAGGACAAAGAGCAAACUGAAAAGAAGGAGGAGUUCAAGUUGCCGAAGGGGACGGUGAUGCACUUCAGUCAGGGCCACGACAAGAUGACGCGGGAAGAUAUUAAGGAAGCCCUCAAACCUUUUGAAGGCACAGUCGCAUACGUCGAUUUCAAAGUCGGCGAUUCGGAAGGCUGGGUGCGCAUGGCACAGGAAAACUUUGCUAAGGAGAUAAUGGAAAAAAUUCCAGAUGGAAAAAUCAAAAUUGGGGAGUCAGAAGUAGUUUUCCGACUCCUGGAAGGCGAAGAGGAAACUGCAUACCUAGAUAAGUCUAUCGAGGAAAUGUCGAAAAGGCGCAAAAAUACUAAACAGUUUAAGCACAAUAAUAAGGGUAAGAACUUCAAAGGAAAACAGAAUAGGAAGCGGAAGCAAGAUCAGUCUGAUGAUGCGCCGCCAGCCAAAGUGAAGGCUGACAGUUAGUGACGGUGUAGUUUUCAAAAGGUUAUUGACUCCUGACACAAGUAAAAUAAUAUUACACAGGUAAUAAAAAAAUAUACAAUAGACAAAGAUAGCUUGGCUUCUUAAAUAAACUGUAACGUUAAAUGGAUGCCACUUUAUGUUUAUGUGAGCGAAAAAAUAGCUCACAACGCGUUGGGGUCACAGUAAAACAUCCACAUGGCGAAAUUCAUGUUUUGGCUCUAAUGGAAACGCGCACGAAAUGUUGUGGCAAUGAAGAAAAGCCAUGACGCGUAUGGAAUAUUAUAUGAUUACUACGCACACUACUUUGGCGACUAACGGCUUUAAUAAAUACGCCACUGGCUUGGCACCGCCUUCAAUGUGAUCAGAAGUUAAUUUUCACUAUUUGAUCAGCCACAACAUGAAUUUCGCUACUUGGUCUUUUUGUGAUUGCCACAACACGUGCGCGUUUUCAUUAGAGCCAUAACACGAAUUUCGCCAUGUGGAUGUUUUACUGUGAUCACAACGCGUUGUGAGCUAUUUUUCCGCUUACUGAGCGUAACAUAUAUAUGUAUAGUGUGACUUAUAUGAGUAGAAAAUAAAUGAGAGUGCUGUAGUCAAAUUAUUACUGUCAUUCAUAUGGUAACCCUGUGUUCUGUCAUGCACUUGAGAUUGCAACUUACUUGAUAAUAGUUCAUAUUUCACUUGAAUUGAUUGUUCUAUACAUGUGUACUUAUUUUAAAGAGGAUGAUAUUUUAAUUUUUUUAUUUAAAUUAUUUGCUUGUGUCUAACAUAAAUAAAUUAUUUUUUAUUAAAUAAUAAAAAUGAAUAUUUAUAUUAUUUAAUAAAAAUACUUACUAUCUAGCUUUGAAGUAAGCAUCACUUGUUGUGGGUAUUAAGAUUUUAAGAUUUACAUAUUUUAUUAAAUUGAAAAAAAUUCAAGUCAAUGUCAUCAUCUAAUAAAUGAUGUUUAUUGUAAUUUGUCUGAUAAUUAUCCAAAUUUCCACUAUGAUUUUAAAUUCAAAAUUCAAUUUCAAGUAGGCUCAGUUUACAAGCACUUUUGACACGUCAGUUGACUAUUUGUAAAGAUUCUACCACCUUUAAUAAUCUCUGACUAACUAAGUUAUCCUAAUAACUAUACAAAUCAUGCCCACAUGGAAUGGUGUUAAUUAAUAAUCUGAAUAAAAUCCGAAGAAACUCAAUAAUUAUUGGUUGCUCUAUAAUUAUGAGAUCUUUGUGAUAAUGACAAUAACUGUGGUGUUGCCAUACAGUGAGUUUGUUAGUUCCAUUUUUAUGAACUUCUAUUCUUUUAUGUCGCAUUAAAUAUGUGUGUAUUUAAAUGAUCCCUGAAAACAAUUUUUCGUUGCUGUAUGUUUAUAAUGAAAGGAAAAAUUAUCUUGACAUUUUUGUUACAAGAAACAUGUUGUUACGUCAAGCCUAUAGAUACCAUGGAUAAAAGGUCAAGAAUACCCGCUAUAAUGAAUGAGGCAGAAAGCUAGAGGUUUUAUGACAGACUCUACCUCAUUUUAAAUAGUACCUAUUUAUUAGAAUUAUAGAUAUAAGAACAUACAAUUCUAGAUGGAAAAUGUGUCAGGGGCCUUAAAUAUCUUAUGUAUUCUGUACUGUAUAAUUAGUGUUCAAAACUAAUUUGGACUUAGUCCUAAAACAAGUUAUAAUAAUAUAAGCCAACUUCUAAUUUUUAUCAAAAUUAAUACAUUUUUUGUAUUGUAGAAGUUUGAACUAUUUUGUAUGAAAACUGGCAUAAUCGGCCCACCGCCAUUUUGUUCGGUCUUUUAAUUUUAAGGGAAAAUGGUAGGAAACGAUUCCCUCACGGACGAAGUCGCGUGCGUCAGCUAGUAUUAUAUGUCAUUAGAUAUCUCGGGAAGGUGACAUUUUGGAGUACCAUUUACCUUGCAAUUUUUAUUUCAUCUAUGUGUCCUCUACCUACACACACACACACAUACGACUUUGAUUGUGCACAGCGAUUUGGAAAAAAAAUCAAAAUGGCGGCGGGUCGUUUAUGCCAAAAAGGUUAAAUGUCAUAUAAUAAUAUGUUAAAUAAUAACUUAAUAAAACUUGGUAGAAAUUGUAUGCUUGUUAAAUCCGCUAGAGACAUUGUUGUUUCAGGUAUAAUCUUAAGAUACAGAAUUAAAGGUUUUAUUUUACAA